UUUUGCUUCUUUGGCCCGCAUGACACAAAACCAACGUGGCUUUUGCUAGAGUGGAGUUUUCUGCAGGUAUUAAGCGUAGUUACAUGUUCAUUAAAUAAAACCGUUUCGUCUUAAGACCGGAAACAGGGUGUGUGACACGUGAAUCAGCUCGCUUUGAAGCAAACUCGACUCACAGAAACAUGUUUAAUGAGGAUGAAGACUGGAAUGAUGAACGAGAGGCUCAAAUCUUGAGUAAAACCGUCCUCAGUAACACCAAGAAGACAGACGGUGGCACCAGUGUGAAGCUCAAGGUUGUGGGUAAAAGCAGCCUGAUGCGGACUCUGAAGACUCUGGGAUCAGUACCAGAGUGGAAGCGUGACAGCCAUCAGGAGGACAGUGAUGAAGACUCAGAAGACGCUCCACCACGGAGUAAGACAAAGAAGAAGAGAAGAAAAAAGAGAAAGCACGUAGAGGAGCAGCAAGAGAACGGAGAUCAGAGUUUAAAGGAGGAGAAGUCUGCACCAAAAAAGAGGAAGAAAGAUGAUAAAGCUGGGUCUCCGAAGGCAAAAGGAACAUCUUCAGGGGAGGGGAUGGACAAAGAAGUGACUAAAUCUGCACUGGUGAAAGUGAACAAUCCACAAAACACAGAGAGGAUGAGCAGGAAGCAGUGGAAAAACAAAAUGAAGAACAAGAGGAAAUGUAAAAAUAAAUACAGCCAGAAACAGCCCGAGGAGGAAGUAAGUAAUGCAAAGUCUGCAGGAAAACACAAACCAAAGGAAGAAGUGAAAAAUGAUUUGCAUAGCAACAACAAGAGUGAAAAAAACAGCCAAAAGAAGAAAAAAGAUCGGAAACCUCUGAAAAAGAAACACACUGAGGAGGAGACUAAUGAGAAGAAGUGUAUCCCAGCUCAAAAAAAUGUACCUGAAUCUUCUGCUGAUGUAUCAGAGCAGCAAACGUGUGAACGUGCAGUGGAAGUUCCAGCUAAUCAGCAGCAGUCCCCCACAAAAAGACUGAAACCUGAGCAGAGCAAAGCUCAGACUCUGAAAAGACAGAAGCUGCAGAGGAUGCUCCACAGCCAGGACACGGAGCACCACGCGAGUCCUGCAGAGCCAAAAGAGGAGCCGACGGUGUCAGAGGAAGAGGUGAAACGAGACCGCUCUGCCUCCCUCAGGUGCCGCAUGGAGCAGCGGUUGGAGGCCGCUCGUUUCCGCUACAUUAACGAAGUUUUGUACAGCACGUCCAGCGGCGAGGCGAAGCGUAUGUUCAAGCAGGACCCACAGGCCUUCUGGAUCUACCACAAAGGUUACACGGCUCAGGUUCAGAGGUGGCCCGCCAAUCCAGUGGACGCCAUCAUCUCUUAUAUUCAGAAAAGGCCUUCCUCUCUCGUGGUUGCAGACUUUGGUUGCGGUGACUGUAAAAUAGCGCGCAGCGUGAAGAACAGGGUUCACAGCUUUGACCUGGCAGCUACCUGUGAGCUGGUCACAGUCUGUGACAUGGCACACGUGCCUCUCGAUGACAGCUCUGUGGACAUCGCUGUGUUUUGUCUCUCCCUCAUGGGGACCAACCUGGCGGACUUUUUAGCAGAGGCCAAUCGAGUGUUAAAAAUGGAAGGAGUCCUUAAAAUAGCAGAAGUGACGAGCAGAUUCGACAAUGUGCGAAGCUUCAUCACUGCGCUGUCAACGCUUGGAUUCAAGAUGGUGUUGAAGGACACAGAAAAUAGUCAUUUCUACUCCUUUGAAUUUGUGAAGAUGAAAAAGGCUCCAGAAAAUGUAAAGAAAGUUGGACUGCAGUUGAAGCCGUGUGUUUACAAGAAGAGAUGAAGAUGUUACAGGACGUCAUAAAGGAACUUCUCUUUGCAUGUGUAUAUAACUGGACUGUGCCUGUUGUACUCGCAGUUUUCAGGAGGAGUGCAUUUUUCUUAAAUGUAUCAUGUUUGGUACAUUUUUGAUUAUUCAUUUUACAUUUUGUUAUAAAUACGUGAUUUUUUUUUUUGUCAUAUGGUGGCUGCUGUUUUCUCAGCACAAGAUAUCAAGAUAUUGAUUCUGUUAUUUACUCAGAUACUGUAAAUAAAAACUGUAUUUACAGUCUUGGAGUAAGUCACUACUGCUGCCUGGGAUACUGUGUAUAGAGGCAGUUUUCUAAGAGAAGUCCCAUAAAUGCUACAAUCGGGGGG